AUGGCAACGGCUUCUACUGUUGAUCCCAAGAUGGCGGACGAGGAGCGAGCCAUGUCGGUCCCUGCUUCUGCUGAUGCCAAGAAACGGCGUGCACCUAAAGCCCCAGAGCUUCCUAUUGUGGAGAGGAGAAACUGGCUCAUCCACCAGCACUACCUCCGCAAAGACUACGACACCUGUAAGGUGAUCAUCAAAGAGCAGCUGCAAGAGACAAAUGGGAUGUGUGAAUAUGCCAUCUAUGUUCAAGCACUAAUCUUGCGUCUCGAGGGCAAGAUCCAGCAGUCCCUGGAGCUGUUUCAGAGCUGUGCCAUCCUUAAUCCCAGCAGCACUGACAACCUCAAGCAAGUGGCCCGAUCACUAUUUCUUCUGGGAAAGCCCAAAGCAGCUAUUGAAUUUUAUCACGAAGCUGCCAGACUCAACCAGAAAGACUGGGAGAUCAGUCAUAAUCUCGGUGUGUGCUAUUUCUUCAUCAAAGACUUCAGAUACGCUGAAGAACAUCUAAACACGGCUCUCCAGAUAAAUAAACAUGACAAGACUUUCAUGAUGCUCGGGAAGGUUCAUUUAGUGGCAGGAGAAAUUGACAAAGCCAUUGAAGUGUAUAAGAGAUCGGUGGAGUUCUCCCCAGAGAACACCGAGCUGCUGACCACGCUCGGUCUGCUGUUUUUGCAGCUCGGAAAAUACCAAAAAGCAUUCGAACAUCUUGGAAAUGCCCUCACUUUUGACCCUAACAGUUAUAAGGCCAUCCUGGCUGCAGGCAGCAUGAUGCAGACCCACGGUGACUUUGAUGUGGCCAUGAACAAGUACAGAGUGGCAGCUUGCGCCGUCCCUGAGAGCCCCCCUCUCUGGAACAACAUUGGCAUGUGCUUCUUUGGGAAGAAGAAAUAUGUAGCCGCCAUCAGCUGCCUGAAACGAGCGCACUACUUGUCUCCUUUUGACUGGAAAGUGUUGUACAACCUUGGUCUGGUACACCUGACAAUGCAGCAGUUCGCUUCAGCCUUCCACUUCCUCAGCGCAGCCAUCAAUCUGAACCCACGAAUGGGGGAACUCUACAUGUUGCUGGCAGUGGCUUUGACCAACUUGGAGGACGUGGAGAACGCCACCAGAUCCUAUGAACAAGCCGCGAAUCUGGACGAAUCCAACCCCCUGGUCAAUUUGAAUUUUGCAAUCUUCCUUUAUAACCAUGGUGAUAAGAAAAGCGCUCUGGAUCAAUAUCAGGAGAUGGAAACGAAAGUCAAUCUACUGCGAGACGGCAGCAGCAACUUUGAAUUUGAUCCUGAGCUGAUGGAUAUGGCUCAGAAGAUGGGCACUGCCCUGCAGGUGUCGGAGGGUCUGGUGUGGACUAAACCAGGCAAGGACUCCAAAUCCAAACCACACUCGGCGACAGCAAGUAAAACCCCCGGGGCUCCUCUCGGCACCAACCAAGCGCUGGGGCAGGCUAUGUCGUCUGCUGCGAGCUACAACAAGAACAUGCAGCUACCGGCAGGAGCGUCCAAAAGCUCCGCCAGAGCUCCCCCUGACCCAGAACUUGAAGGAGAGAACGACCCCAGCCCACCGGCCGACCCGCCGGGCUCCCCGGAACCUGCAGUCUGACGACUCCACACCCAAAACCUCCAAGAAACCUAAAGGUGGAAGAGUAACUUUACUAUCUUAUAGUCUUUUACAUCUGUCAGUAGAUAAGCACUCUUAUGUUACUGGGGGUGAUUAAGUGUCUUUGACGCCAAACAAGUCGAUGUGUUUGUGCUUUUCUAGCUCAUUGUAGUUACACGUGGUCCUUGGGGUUAAAAGCUACACACAGACAUGAACAUCUCCAACGACACUGCUGAGUUCACAGCUAAAAGGGCAGGGUCAUUGUUCGUACCAUUAUGAAUGUCAAUUCAUUUCUCAACUGUAGACCAAACUUCUGCGGUGACACGGUGGUUCUUCCUCAACUCUGUAAAUGUGACGGGGUCAGUGCACGCGAAUGGGGUCGCAGUUCAAACAAAACGGUCGUAUGGGAGUUUGUGGAAUUGCCUGCAUCAAUAUCUGGCAGAGCUUAGCAAUAAGGUGAUUUUAAUGAGUUUUCCUUGAAUUGACCAGGAGAACUACAAUCCAAUACAUGUGAAGGAAAUGCUGCGACAAUCGUUAAAACAAGGAGAACAGAGAAGGGUGAGUUAGUUAGACGCUGGGAGCGGCUUGAUUGUACAGUAGGAUUGAAUGUAUAAUGCUAUAUGCGCUUUUAUAUGUGGAUAAAUGUUAUGUUUAUAGGAUGAUGUAUUUAAUCUUGAAUAAAAGACUUAAAGAAA